CUCAGCGAACAAUACCAUCAAUCCUUCUGGCCAGUUUAUCAGGAGAUUCCGGCGGACGACAGCAUGUUCCAGCUCCUUGUCGGAGGCCCCGAAAGUUUCCUUACAGCAGAGCACGACGAUAUGACUCCAUUGCGUACGAUAUCGAGGAAAAGUUCCUACACCAAAAACUAUCAGAAGCUGUUCAGCACGUGGAAGUGGCUCGCCAUGUUCCUGACUUGCUGCGUCGUUGGGUUCGGGACGACGCUAGUGUUUUUUGCUUUCAUCGAUACAAAGGACAUGGAGACCACUGCAUCGCUGGAACUCGAGCGCUCAACUUUGGCGGUCCCGCAAGCAAAGAUUAUAUCUCUAAGGAUCUUGACGACGUCGACACUAAAUGUUACAGACUCUGCCACAGCCAACAGCUUAACUUCGGAACGGAGGAUCUUGAUGACGUCGACUCUAAAUGUUACAGACUCUGCCACAGCCGACAGCUUAACUUCGGAAUCAAGGAUCUUGACGAUGUCGACACCAAAUGUUAGAGACUCUGCAACAACCGACAGCUUAACUUCGGAUCUAAGGGUCUUAACGACGUCGACUCUAAAUGUUACUGACUCUGCCACAGCCGACAGCUUAGCUUCGGAAAUAAGGAUCUUGACGACGUCGACACUAAAUGUUACAGACUCGGCCGCAGCCGACAGCUUAACGUCGGCACUUGUUGAUCUUUUUCAUUUCGAAAAGUCUCGUCGGAUUAAUGUUGACGAGUGAUCACAUUCCUGCUGAUUCAUGGAACGCCCAAUCUGACAUUUUACAUUACGUUUCCUGGGAGCGCAAUACAAGGACUUAUUAUUCUUGGGCCGAUAUUAUCAGCCUAUUACCA